AAAUAGCAUCUUAAGAGUCAUAGUAGUUAGACCUCCCACACCCACCAACUAUACAUAAACCCAGUUUCCUGGAAGUACCCCCUGUCUCUAAUCUCAUUCAUGCCAUUAAUUAUAAUUAUAAACCCAAACAAGUGAACAACCCUCUCUCCUUUGUCCCAUUCCCCCUAACCAAGUUUAAGUUUCUAGAAUGGAAGAAAUGAACAGAAGCUCCUCCUCCACUUCCUCUUCCUCUCACUGUUGCUCUUUAGAGUCCAACCAUAGGAGCCCCAACAAGCCAGACAGAAUCAAAGGCCCAUGGAGCGCCCAAGAGGAUCGGAUCCUGACACGACUAGUCGAACAAUACGGCCCUCGAAACUGGUCCCUCAUCAGCCGCUACAUUAAGGGCAGGUCCGGCAAAUCGUGCCGGCUGCGGUGGUGCAAUCAGCUGAGCCCCACCGUGGAGCACCGCCCCUUCUCGACCCAAGAGGACGAGACCAUCAUCGCUGCCCAUGCCCGGUACGGUAACAGGUGGGCCACCAUAGCCCGAUUAUUACCGGGCCGAACCGAUAACGCCGUUAAGAACCACUGGAACUCCACGCUCAAGCGCAGAGCCAAGGGUAUUAACGUUAAUGUUAAUGAUGCCGACAACGAGGAUGACCCGUUGACCGCAUUGACUCUUGCUCCUCCCGGUAUUGCUAAUGCCACUUUGACCGAAGACGCCGUACCGGACCACCGGGCCUCGCCGGAGAGUGCGGCGGAGGGGUUUUGGGAUAUGAUGAGGGAUGUGAUCGCGAGGGAAGUGAGGGAAUAUGUGUCUUCUAAUUUUUCUGAUAAUAACUAGGGUUUUCAUUAAAUCAAUCAUCAUAAGCAUAAUUUGUUAUUAUGUCUUCCUUUUUUUUUUAGGCAAAUUAUUCUGCAAUUUGAUUUUGCCUUACUGGACUUUGGAAUCGGAUCAGGGAAAUAAAUUAAAACCCUUCUGGCUUCUGCUGUUAAUAACAACUUUCUCUUGUUGUGAAUCA